AUGUCUCUACUUACAAGUUAUGAGGGGCUCCGGCAUCAGAUAGAGAGGCUGGUGCGGGAAAAUGAGGAACUGAAGAAGCUGGUACGGCUCAUUCGGGAGAAUCACGAGCUCAAGUCUGCGAUCAAGACUCAGGCAGGUGGCCUCUGCAUCAGCGGGUUCGCCGGCGGGCUUGGUGAGGCAGCGGCAGGCCCUUCCCAACAUCAGGGUGUAUUCCUGGCCCCAGCCUCAGCAGCAGCAAAGGACCCCUGUGCAGAAGACAUGGGAAUGGUGGCCCUGGCACCUCUGGCUGACAUGUUGAAUGCCUCACAGCUCAGUCCUGCAGCAGGCUCCCUUGUGAACCCCCUGGCUGCUCCUCUCAACCCACUGCUGUCAGGACAAAUGCCCUUGUCGCAGAACAACCACUCUCUGGGUUUACCCUCGACUGGACCCCUGAACAGUCAAAUGACCAGUCCAGUGACUGUACCCCCAGGGACCACUCUGGCCAGCUCACUAGGUCUAACCUCAACUGGUUCCCUGACAACAAGCAGCCGGCUGGUAGGCCCCCUGGCUGUAUCUCAGAGCAGCCCCAUCAUGGCUCCCCUGGCUGGCUCAGUGGCAGUCUCUCUGAGUAGCCCCCUGCUCUCCUCCACAGCUACCCCUCUAGGUGUUUCUCAGAACAUACUGCCCAACCCCAUAAACAACGUAGGGCUGUCAGAGGCGCCAAAGGUGCGACUGGCAGAGCCACCCCGAGGAAACCUCUCUGGAACCUCAGCCUAUGCAGGACCAGCGCCCACCUCCAACCUCCACAUCCCAGUCACCAGUGAGCACCUCCAGCCAAGCCAGGACCCAGAGCCCCUCGAUAAGUUUGUGGGUGCACCCCUCCAGACCACCACCUCUAUGAGUGUCAUGGCCACAUCCAGUCCCACAGCAAAUGUUAAUGCCACCUUAGCUACUCGGACUCAGACUGGUGUUUCCCAGGAGCAAAUGCCCCCCUACUCUUGUCCAAGCUCCCCAACAGGCUCUCCUCCUUGCACAGUCUCCAACUCUGCCCCAGCUCCUGUCCCCCAAGCUGCUGAGAACGGUUCCCCUUCAAGAAACUCCCACUCCAACUCCCCCUCCAGGGUGCACCAAUCCCCUAACCCACCUGUGCCCAACCACCAUUCUCCUCCACACAACCUCCCCUCCCUGCCCCGUACCUCAUCCUCUUCGGCUUCAGUCAAUGACACCCGGGGUUCGCGCAUGACGGAACAGUCCCGGAAGAAUGUCCUGGAGAUGGAGCGGAAGACGCCCCAGCGAAAGUCUAACAAGUUAUCUGACAGUCCCCGAGACACCAAACAGCUAGCUUGUGAGAGGCUAGUGGGGGAAAUCGCCUUCCAGCUAGACCGAAGAAUCCUGUCCAGCAUCUUCCCAGAGCGCGUGCGCCUCUACGGCUUCACUGUCUCCAACAUUCCAGAGAAGAUCAUCCAGGCCUCCCUAAACCCCAAUAACCACAAGCUGGACGAAGACCUAUGCCAGACGCUCACCCAGCGCUAUGUAAGCAUCAUGAACAGACUGCAGAGCCUCGGCUACAACGGACGGGUGCAUCCGGCACUGACGGAACAGCUGGUCAAUGCGUAUGGCAUCUUGCGUGAGCGGCCUGAGCUGGCGGCAUCUGAAGGUGGCUCCUACACUGUGGACUUCUUACAGCGUGUGCUGGUGGAAACUGUGCACCCCAGCAUGCUCACCGACGCCCUCCUGCUGCUCUCCUGCCUCAACCAGCUGUCCCAUGAUGACGGCAAGCCUAUGUUCAUCUGGUAACACCUGUGCCCUGCCCGGCUGGCCCAGGCUCACUUCGCCCUGCAGGCCAUUGCGCAUGGCCAUUAAAGUUUCCCACAGACACUGGUCACUGGACCCAUGCCACAGCUUCCUGCUCCUGUGGGGUGCCUCACCGGAUCCCUUCAGUCUUGUCAGCCCUGAAGGGCCACAUUCACUUUACAGCCCGCUGGAGAGACAGACCUCCCAGGCACUGUCUUUCUAAAGGGAUUGAAUGGAUGGCCCUGAAUUUCCCUUUUUACUUGCUAAUAGAAGCUGAAGUGCUGGGAGCUGGAGCAGGAACAGGGAAGGAAAGAGAGGGGACUUUCCUGUCCUUAGCAGAGGCCAGGGGGUGGGGAGCUUCAGGGCCUUAAGGCAGGACAGUAGAGGUAGAAUAGCCAGAUGUCACUUCAUCCAAACCUGGGCAGGGGAGCCAGGGAGAUGGCAGCCCCUUGUAAAGAUGUCUAAGGUCUGGGAAAGGGUGCGUUCUACCUAAGCACGGGGGACUG